AUGACAAAACCCAACCUGCUGGAGCUCCCAUUGGGAGCUCAACUCGUUUAUCUUGCAGAAGGUGGUGCCAAUGUCAUUUACAGAAUCGUGUCAAGCAAAUCCUCGGCCCAGGGAUCUAAGAAAGCCAGCUCUUAUGGCAGGGAAUCUUUCAGCGUGCCUGCUGAAUUUAAAGGAAAACUGCUUCGACUUCGCAAGGAUACGUCGUCAGGAAUCCCCUAUCAGGAAAUUGCGCGGAAUUUCGACCGAACCAUCCGUCCGUUGUUCAAGCCGGAGGAACUAGUGGACCAGGAACUGGUGUAUCUCCCACGAGGGCUUGUCCAACAAUGCAACGAGCAGUUGCACGCCGCCGAGCUGAGCGGCCGACGUCCCAAACGGCGUCACGGCGUCUAUCUAUCCGUCACAGAGCCAUUCGGUCUCCUGAUCACGGACAUGACCGUCUUCGAGAACCCCGGGAUGAUCCUUGCAGAGCUGAAGCCCAAAUGGCUUCUUCAAUCGCCCUCUGCACCGGCAGCUAGCCGCAGAUGUCGCACCUGUGCUCUACGCGACAUGAAGAACCACGACGCCCGUCGGGCCGGCAGACCCGAAGAUCGCUCGUUCUGUCCUCUGGACCUUGUCUCGGAGCGAUUCGAGAAUGUCCUCCGGGCCACUAAAUACGUUAAGGGAUGCAAGAACCAGAUGCGGCUGGCCACGGUGCUCUAUCGAAAUUCUACCCUCCAGCAGCUGCUAAGUCACCAGAAGGCGACUAGGGAGGUGGGACUCCACGGACCGCCGGCGCAGUCUCGAGGAAAGUCGUUAGCCAUGACUUUGCGAGACUGCACGAUGUUCAUCAAGAUGCCCCUUGAUGAUGAGGGUGCCGUCGAGAUCCGUCUCGGCGACCUAGACCUCAAGACCGGUGCUGGCGGUAAGGCGCAGUAUUGGCAUGACCUGGAGAAGCAGCUCAUCGACCAAGAUUGGUACAUGGGCUGCAAGGGCUGUGGCUCUACAAGUGAAUGUGCGCUGCAAGCCCGGGGGUCUCAAUCAUCUAUAUAA